AUGAUUAUUUUGAGUUAGAUCUAAGGUAUUAUAUUUUUUUUAUAAUAGUGUAUAAAUAUUUACAAAGUGAUAUUUUAAUAAAUUGUAUUUAUGAUUUGGGAAAUAAUAUCAUUAGACAGAAUAUCCAAAAUCAAAAAAAUCAUAAUUAAAAAUAAUUAGUUUAAAAAAUGUUCCUUAACUCUAAAGGAUUAUUAGAAGAUUCAAAUUAACCUGAACUUCUGAAAGUGCACGAAAAGAAAAAUAGUGGUUCAGAAUAAAAAGAAUCAAUAUUUGGGAAAACAAAAUUUGAAAAAAAUACAAAAUAUUUUCAUAUAAUGGGUAUAAUAUAUUGAGAUAUAAUUAAGGUCAUGAUGAACCACAUGCAAUAAGAAGAUAACAAAUACUUUAAAAGCACCCAGAAAUAAAAAUUCUUUUUGGUCCAGACCUGAUGUCAGCUUGGCUUGGAGUUGGCAUAGUUCUGGCUCAAUUUUGGUGUCUUAACUACUUUGCAACCACAAAUUGGUUGUUGUAUUUGGUUUCAUCUUAUUGCAUUGGAGCAGUAUUAAGCCAUGCUCUCCAUGCUCUUAUGCAUGAUUUUACUCAUUUCUUAUGUUUUGAAAGUAUUUAAUACAAUAAAUUGAUGGCUAUCUUUUUAAAUUUUGGUUAGGGAGUUCCAUCUGCCAUUACUUUUGGAAGGUAUUUUUUUUUUUGUAUUUAUAAGAUAUCAUGCAGAUCAUCAUACAUUUAUGAAUUUACCUAACUUAGAUCCAGAUUUACCAUCUUAAUGGGAAGUUGAUCAUGUUAAAGGACCUCUAGGUAAAUUUUUAUUUUUGCUGUUUUUACCUUUAUUCUAUUCACUCAGACCCAUUUUUAUAAGACCAUUAAUACCCAAUUUUUAUGAAAUCUUAAACUUAGUAUCUAUAAUUAUAUCUAAUUCAUUAAUUUACAUUUAUAUUGGACCAUCUGCUUUAGGAUGGUUAAUAUUAUCUACUUAUUUUGGAUUAAGGUAAAUAUUCAUUUAUAUUUUUUAGUUUACAUCCAUUAGCUGCUCAUCUAAUUACUGAACAUUAUGAAUUCAUUAAUAGAUUAGAAACAUAUAAUUAUAUUGGUAUUGCUAACUUUUUAAUUUUGAAUUUGGGUUAUCAUACAGAACAUCAUGAUUUCCCAAAUAUACCAUGGUCUAGAUUACCUCUUGUUUCAAAGAUUGCUCCUGAAUUCUAUGAUUAUUUACCUUAUCAUACAAAUUAUACUUAAGCUAUUUUAGUUUACAUAUUUGAUGAAUAUAUGGGACCUUUUUCAAGAAUUGUUAGAUAAAAACUCUAAAAUAAGGCUAAGAUAUAAUGAUCUUUAU